AUGCCGGCGGCCUCUUCAGCGGCCCUCGAGCCCACCUCCACCCCCGGCCCCGUACAAGCUCCCGACGCGCCACGCGUCAAGCGGGCCUGCACGCUUUGCCGGCAAGCGAAGCAGAAGUGUGACGGCCGCGAACCCUGUACCCGCUGUGCAGCGGACGACCUGGUGUGCGUCUACGUCCCCUCAAUGCGGGGCAAGACGCGCAAGCGCAAAGUAAACCCACAGCCACCUCCCCCAGCACCAAUUGCGCGCGCGCCAUCCCCGCCCUCCCCAGGCGCUGCAUCGCCGAAGCGGCCCCGCCGCGAUGAUCGGGCGCGCGACGGUACCCUCAAGCCCGAGUAUGCAAUGUGGCAUCGUUCAAGCGCAUUGGCGCGGUAUGGGCCGCGCAACUCUGCGAUAUGGCAGGACGAGUCGCCCGAGCCCGAAGUGGGGAUCAGUCCCGUCUCUGCUCUUUCUGGUCAAUCUCAACGGUCCGGAGGACCAGCCGAGGGACUUACCACUCUUCCAUUGCCGGGCGAACAUAAUCCCCUGGCGGUGCUUGCGCAAGCUGACGCGACGGCCGAGGAACCCGGCAGCGAUGAGCCCCCGCCCGAGGACAGGGGAUACUAUGCGCCCCUGCCGAAUACGCUCAAGGACGAAGCACCGCACAUCAUGAGCCUGAUCAACGUGCAUGAAGCCGAGCAGCUCUUCGACCUCUACCAUCGCCACCUACAUCCCCACCUGCCGGUACUGGACCUCGCCCACUCUGGCCCCUCGGCCGUUGCCCGGCGCAACAACUUUCUCUUCAAUGCAAUCUGUUGCGUCGCUGCGCGCACCUUCAAUGUUGUACUGUGGGAGCGAUUACGCGAGUUUGCGCAGUACGAAAUGGAACGCCUGCCAAAGGAGAAGAGCAUCGACGUCGUGCAGGGUCACCUCGUUUAUUCGGCUUGGAACCUGCUCCGUCCCGAUUCGUUCGAGAGAGACGUGACAUGGCUUCGUGUGGGCCUCGCUACCCGCACGGCACAGGAUAUCAACCUCCACCGCGUAGCACAUUUACCACAGGCCCGCGCGGGCUUGCCGGGUUGGAUGCUGCGCGCGAUCGCGCGUACGUGGCUCAUGGCCGCCGUGCUGGACGGGACGUUGAGUGCACAGCUCGGCAAGGCAGCCGCACUGGGCGAUUUGGAGAUGUAUAUCUCCAUCCUGAAGGAGGGGGGAAGCGCUGACGACGCGCUCGUCGCAGCGCUGGCGGAGUGGACGCUACUCCUCACUCGUGCGAUGGAGAGUAUUAGGGCCGACGCUGAGGGGCGAUCGGCUGCAGCUCCCAGACUUGUGGGCGUGUACCGGGCCCGGUUUAAGGCGUGGCGCGCAGAAGCAGAAGACGCAGCACGCAAGGCGGGCACACAGCCUGUCAUGUUAGGCACAUUGGCGCUGUACGACAACUACGCCCAGCUCGUGAUGCAGAGUUUUGCACUAGAACGAGCUCUUGAGCGUGGCGCCAUAACCCUCGCGGCAGAACUGGCAGAGUACCAGCACGCGGCGGUGCGUCUGAUCGAGGGAUUCGGGGACGACCUCUCAGCACCCAACCUCACCCGCGGAUGCCCCGAUUUCGUGUUUACAGUCGUGACGUAUGGCGCCGUUUCACUUCUACAGGUGCUCGAGCCGCGUCUGGCGGCGCUCGAGCCUGCGCCGGAUCGAGAUGCCAUCCUGGCGCUUGCCAGGCAAGCAGCCGACAUGCUUGCCCGCGCAGCUGUCACGGCGGAUCAUGUACCCGCAUCGCAGAGCAUGUUCCUCAGUCGCCUGAUACAGGUACGUUCGCGCCCGCCACGACAAGCCCCACAGCCCGUGUUCGACUUUGGCGAGAUGGAUUUUGAGGCGUUUGGGUUGAGCGUCGCCGCCGACGACACGAUGAGCAUGUGGCCGCCGCUCCCGAACCAGAAUUCGCGCGGCACGUCGCCGCCCCUCGGGAACGGCGAUGACGCGCCGACCGAUCUCGCAACCUGGGUCGCGCAGAGCAGCCUCGCCCUUCCUGGCCCAGCGCUUGGGCUGGGUAUCGGCUCGUUUGGCGGUAUGCUCUCACACGACUUUUGGCAGGGUGUCCUGACUAGCCCACCGCCUGGCAUGGUCUAG